UACCUUAUUCGGGGCCGGGCCUGGCCAUGUUCAACAUUGCAUAUAAAACAACAAAUAGUCGAAAUACUUGGCGCUCCUGCUUGUUAGCAUAGCUCAGGGCACUGCGGACGUUGACCAACUACAAUUCAGAGAUUCCAGCUUCCUGUCCCAGUUCAACGGCCUCGGCUAUAACAGCCCCCCAGUCAUGGCAACGCUGCUGGACAACACCAACGGCUGGCAUGCCGGCGAGCGUGCAGUUCACACUCUCCUCAAAGUCCCCACGUCAGGCCGCCAGAACCCAACAACUACCGGGUUACCCCCCUCUUAUGCUCACCGUGUUGCCGUUUCGCCUCUUCUGGCCGUGGGGACACUGGAUGACCAGGGCCGGCCAUGGACUACUAUCUGGGGCGGAGAACGUGGUUUUGCACAGUCGGUAGCUCAAGGCAUUUUGGGUGUACGGAGUCUGGUCGACAAGGCCCAUGACCCAGUGGUGGAGGCCCUCCUGGGCAAGGCAGCCGACGGGGAAGUGCUUCAACCAGAGGAUGGGAAAGUCAUGAGUGCCUUGAGCGUGGAUCUCGAAACCCGAGACCGCGUCAAGCUGGCAGGGAAGAUGACGGUCGGGACUUUGGCUGGGCGGUCGGACAACAGCACCGUCGCCGAAACACAGUUGGCCAUGCUCGUCCAGGAGAGUCUGGGCAACUGUCCAAAGUACCUCAACAUCAAGGAUAUCCGCGCCCAUGUACCUUCGCCACAACUGGUCUCGCCCUCUCUGCCCCUUCCGGCGGAAGCAUUGGCCCUGAUCGAACAGGCAGACAUGUUUUUCCUCUCGUCCACCAACGGGCAGACCAUGGACACCAACCACCGCGGAGGGCCAGCAGGGUUCAUCCGGCUCGUGAGCAACUCCCCGGACAGCGUCGUGUUAGCGUACCCCGAGUACUCCGGCAACCGCCUCUAUCAGACCCUUGGCAACCUGCACACCAACCCCCUCAUCGGCAUCGCCAUCCCAGACUACACCACUUCCGACGUCCUCUACCUCACCGGCUCGACCCAGCUCCUCGUCGGCCCCGCCGCGGCAUCCCUCAUGCCACACGCCAACCUCGCCGUCAAAAUCACCGUCCACGCCGCCCGCCUCGUCAGAGACGGCCUCCCCUUCCGCGGCACCCCCGGCGAGCCCAGCCCCUACAACCCCCCGGUCCGGCGCCUGGCCACCGAAUCCCCCGCCUCCCUCGCAACAACCCCACCCCACACACCCCCGGCCGCCACCCUCAUCCUCACCCGGCGCGACCUCCUCACCCCCACCAUCGCACGCUUCACCUUCGUCCUCCGCCCGGCCCGUAGCCCAGACAGCAGCCCCCCAAAACAACAACUCCGGUGGCACCCCGGCCAACACAUCACGCUGGCCUUCGCGCCCGAGCUGGACAUGGGCUACAGCCACAUGCGCGAGGCCGACCCGCAGAGCCUCAACGACGAUUUCGUGCGCACCUUCACCAUUUCCAACCCACCACCGCCGCUUCCUCCCGCUCUUUCUGGGGACGGGGAUGGGGAUGGGGAUGGGAAGGAAACGGAAGUGCAGCUGACGCUCCGCCGCCACGGGCCGGCCACGGGGUUGCUCUUUGCGCAUCGGCUGCUGGAUCCGACGGUGCCGGCGCUGGAGGUGCCUGUUCUGGGGGUGGGUGGGGAGGAGAGGUUUCGGAUUUUGGGGGGUGGUGGUGGUGGUUCUGGGGGGAAGAAGGCGGUGUUUGUGGCGGGGGGUAUCGGCAUCACGCCGCUUCUUGCGCAGGCGCCGGGUGUGUUGGCUGCGGGUGCGGGUGCAGGUGAGGGUGUUGGUGCUGGUGGAAGUGGUUCGGCGGUUGGGGUGCUGUGGAGUUUGAGGGGGGAGGAUCUGCCGCUGGCGGUGGAUGUGUUUGAGGGGAUUGAAGGGCUGGGAGGGGUGACGACUGUUUUUGUUACGGGCGGUACGGGCGGGAUUGGGGAGGGGGUGGUUGAGAGGAUGAGGGAACUGGGGGCGACGGUUGAGGUUCGGAGGAUGCUGAGGGAGGACGUGCUUGCGGCGAGGGAUGUUGCGAGGGGAACAAAGUAUUUUGCCUGUGCGAGUCCUGGAAUGCUCAGAUCGGUGGUGGAUUGGCUUGAGGACGAGGAGGUUGUGCUUGAGAGUUUCGAGUAUUGAUGGUGCCGGCUCAGGGGUUAGGGGGUGUUUGUUGACUGCCUACCUACCUACCUGGGUAGGUAGGUUGGACGAGAAACAGGGUCACACUGUAAUUUACACUAUGAGGCCAUAUUUCCAUAACUUACACAAAUGUUGGACUCAUUCUUGAAUCCUAGUUUUCGGGCAGUAAAUUAAUCAUGUGAAAACUUACCAGAGCUCGCCGUGCCGAGUUACCGUCAGGUACUAGUACCUACACGCGAGGGGAGCGGUGGUUGGUUGAUAAGGCAUGCCGAAAUCGGGGACUCAGGAACUUCAAGAGCAACUCCAAGGCUUGAUUGAAGCUUACCUGCCGACCGCGUAAAGAACCUACCUAGGUAGUUUCGCUUUUGCUUUGUCAGACGUAACUGAGAUUAGCCGGAAUCACCGGGCUUUUAUCGGGUUUCUGUUGCACUCUGUGUUUGUA